GAGCGCUCUUGUCAGUCACGGGUUUCCCGCGGAGGAGCAGACGAAAAACGUCGUUAUUUCAUCCUUUUUUUUUUCUUUGGCUUUGGCAGUUAAGGGCGCGCACGGACGUGAACAUGUCGACAUGGACUUUGUGAGGCUGUUUGGCGCCUUGGUCGCCGUCCUCUUCCACCACGCGUCCGCCGCUAAGAUCAAUGGCCAACGGAUCUGCCGGCGAGGUACCGAGCGCCCGUGCUACAAGGUGUCCUACAUCCCGGACCGCCGGCGUAGGCUGACCUUUCAAGAGGCUAGGCAGGCGUGCAGGGCGGACGGCGGCGAGCUGCUCAGCAUCGAAACAGAGAGCGAGCAGCGGCUGAUCGAGAGGUUCAUACAGCAGCUGUACGCCGCAGAUGGAGACUUCUGGAUUGGCCUUCGUCGCAGCCCCCAGCGCUUGAGGGGUGGCGGUGGCAACCCGGGAUGUCCCUCCCAGUACUUCUGGCUGGACGGGAGCAAGGCCAAGUUCAGAAACUGGCACUGGGACGAGCCUUCCUGCGGCGGGGAAAUGUGCGUGGUGCUUUACUACCAGCCGUCUGCACCACCCGAUGAGGAAGGUCACUUCCUGUUCCAGUGGAAUGACGACAACUGCAACGCCAAGAACAACUAUGUCUGCAAGUAUUCUCGAGAAAAGGCACCAGUAUUCACCGAGCAAGGGAACAUAGCACGAGAAGUUCCAACUGUGAGGCCAAACAUAUUCUUCACAACGGCAGGUGAUGAGUCCAAUAAAGUAGGACUGCCCGAGUCAUCAGUGUCUUUCGCAACCAACACCGUGUACGUUCCCUACAUCCUGUAUGCAACCAUUCCUGCCUUGUUGCUGCUGUUGCUUGCAGUUGCUGGCUUCUUCUGUUACAGACAACAAGCUAAGCGCGGGAAGACGGAGACCAAAAGCCCCACCGGCCGAGGCAAACCGUGGACGCCCACGGACACGCCGUCUUGCCCACUUCAAGGACCUUACGCCUUCAGCGACAUCACCCUGCUUUCUCACCUUUCUCCUGACAGCACUCUGCCGGCGGACUUCAUCACCAAGUACUGCGCUCCCACCAAGGAUCCCCAGUGGAACGACUAUGAGAAUGUGUUGAUAGCGGACAGGGAGAGCGGCUUUGUGAACAACGACAUCUACGAGAGCAGCAGGGCUCAGGGUCGACGCUGCCGCGCUCAGGACGGUUGGGUGGAAAAUGAGAUCUAUGGGUAGGACUGGUCAGGUAUGUGGCCUGUUGUCAUGACAACGUGUGUGGGGCAGGAUUCCUACACGUGGUGGAUUUGGAUUUAUGGUCAACUUAGAGCGCACUCACUUUAGGCCAAAAGUACCGUACUGAACUGUGUGGAUUAUUUCCAGUCUUAUUUCGAAUUCUUUCUGAUUAUCUCUUUUGCGCAAGAUGGCAGGUGGCAUUAAUUACUUGCAAAGAGGAGCGAUCACAAUAAUGAAAUGACGCACGCAAAUAGUCGCAGGUGAGCUAUUUUUAUUCUUUUAUGAAAUGUGUCAGUUAUCAUUAAGGAACCUUUUUAAAACAUGUCAAAGAAACUCUUGAAGGGGAUCUACAAUGAUUUCAAUCUACAUUUGAAGCACUUCCUCGUGGUUUAGAUCAGGCGUGUCCAGUCUUUUUUCCAUAAACACCAAGUCAAAGUAUGCAGGGGCCAUUUUGAUCAUUUUUUAUUUUGUAAAUAAAUUAAAAAAAUUGACGAAAACACGUUACAUAUAUUUAAAGACAAACCUUAAUGUCAACUUUGAGUUAUAGGUGGCAAUACUAUUACUAGUAUUAGUUACUUUAGGGUGUCCAUACUGUGGCCAGGGGGCCAUUUGCCGACAGCAGCUCGGGUUUUGUUGCCCCGCGACAUAUUGUUGGGAAAAAAACAACAGUAAAAAUGUAAGAAAAAAGAGCAAAAAGAUGUAAUGUAAUGGUGUUUAACACACUAGGAAUUUGACUCGGUUGUGCUCUCUUUGUUCAAUGUCAACAAUAAAUAUUAACGAUUAACUAAAAAUAUGAACAAAUAAAUAACUAAUAUGUGCAGCGCUCAUAAAAAAUGUUUAAAGGUGAAUGAAGCAAAAAAAGAUGAAGUGAACUUAAAUAUAUACUUUCACAGUGACAGAUAUACAAUACUGUAAAUUGCGGACUAAAAGACGCUACUUUUUUCCUACGUUUUGUCCCCUGCGGCUUAUAAAACGCUGCGGCUAAUUUAAGAUUUUUUCUUCGCUAAAGGCCAUAAUGUUUUGAAUUGAACAAAUUGUUUUCAACAGACAUUGAAAAGUGUGUUGUUUGUGCCAUCUUUUGUUAAAGUUAAAAAGUUAAAGUACCAAUGAUUGUCACACACACACUAGGUGUGGUGAAAUUUGUCCUCUGCAUUUGACCUAUCCCCUUGUUCACCCCCUGGGAGGUGAGGGGAGCAGUGAGCAGCAGCGGUGGCUGCGCCCGGGAAUCAUUGUUAGUGAUUUAACCCCCAAUUCCUACCCUUGAUGCUGAGUGCCAAGCAGGGAGGUAAUGGGUCCCAUUUUUAUAGUCCUUGGUAUGACUCACAAUCUACCGAUCUCAGGGCAGACACUUUAACCACUAGCCCACUGAGUUGGGCGAGUUUGCUGACUCGCUGGUGCAGUGGGAUUAAGUACAAGUGUCGUUCUGUCUUCAAGUCGUUAUACAAUAUAACAAACAGUUCAUACUUACUAAAUCGGCCCAUGUGUGAUGUCCGUAGAAGUGUUUUCAUGCAUAUUUGUACGUGCUAUGGUAAUGUAAUAAAGCUAGCAUCGUUAGCAUUAGCUAAUACGCUAACACUUUAGUGUCUGUGUUAGUAUUAUUAACUUACAAUGGCAUUCUGGUUCUAUUGUUCCGCUUUCGUAAAUCCACCAAAACGUCACAGUGGAGUUAUUAAGUCUGUUUAGCUGAUUGGAGAGUUAUCAUCGCAGCUAAAGGGUCCAUGACGUUGACUUCUGUUUUGCUUGAUCAAACGUUUUACUGCCGUGUUACAGACACCGUUUGGAAAAAAUUAAGGUAUGUAAAUAAACAUUUACAAAAUCUUACUGUGUGAAUAACUAACUUCACAACGUAUACAUCUGCUGCUUAUAGUCCGAUGCGGCUAAUAUAUGGAAAUAUAUGUUCAUGUUCUAAAAUUUAGUGGGUGCGUUCUAUAGUCCGCAAAUGUGGUAACUAUUAUUACAAUUUGUCACUCAUAACACAAUUUUUAUUUAUAAUAUCUGUAGCAUUUUUUUUUUAAAUAUCACACGCAUACUUAAAGACUUUUUGGUACUUGUUGGGGCGGUAUUGCUCGGUUGGUAGAGUGGCCGCGCCAGCAACUUGAGGGUUCCAGGUUCGAUCCCCGCUUCCGCCAUCCUAGUCAUUGCCGUUGUGUCCUUGGGCAAGACACUUUACCCACCUGCUCCCAGUGCCCACCCACACUGGUUUAAAUAUAACUUAGAUAUUGGGUUUCACUAUGUAAAAGCGCUUUUAGUCACUCGAGAAAAAGCGCUAUAUAAACAUAAUUCACUUCACUUUUCAAACUUUGUAUCAAAUGUUCAGCUUUUUUCUCAUUAGAUUACAGCCCUUUGCUUUGUUUUCUUACAUUUUUAAUAUAUAUUUUCUCAACCAUAUGUUGCGGGCCAACAAAACUCCAGCUGCGGGCCACAAAGGGCCCCUGUGCCACAAUUGGACACACCUGGUCUAGAUUGUAUAUGCUUUGGUGUAAAAUAUGUGUACAUUUUGCUCCACUGUCAUAUCUAAAAGCCAUUUUUUGAGUCCGUCUGCAAGCUGGAGCUUCUCCACCUCUUGCUGACAGCUUAUGUCUCGCGGUGAUAUAAAAUGUUCAGCUUUUUUUCUCAUUAGAUUACAGCCUUUUGCUUUGUUUUCUUCCUUUUUUACUAUUUUUUUUCCCUCGACAACAUGUUGCGGGCCAACAAAAUUCGAGCUGUGAGCCACAAAUGGCCCCUGUGCCACAAUUGGACACCCCUGGUCUAGAUUGUAUAUGCUUUGGUGUCAAAUAUAUGUAAAUUUUGCUCCACUGUCAUAUCUAAAAGCCAUUGUUUGAGUCCGUCUGCAAGCUGGAGCUUCUCCACCUCUUGCUGACAGCGUAUGUCUUGCGGUGAUAGCCAGGCUGCAAAAACCCCGCGAACAGAAGCAUCCAAACUGUGUGCAAGCUCACGCCAAAAUACAUGAACCUUAUGAUUUGAUAUGUUGGCAUGGUUUAACACGAGGAACAACAUGAAUAAGUCAGAAAAUACAAAAAUCAUCACAGGUUCCCCUUAAAACAUCUUGGCGGAAGUCUCCCCAAAACUGUUAAUGUCAGGUUCAAACACUGAUGACAUCUAUUAAACAGACAAAGAAGCAAGGAAUUAAACAGAGACAAAAUUCUAUUUAGCUCACUGAGGAGAAACGUCUGUGCUGUACUCUUUGUACAGUCUUCCACCACGCUCUGACGAAAGAUUGUACGCCUUCUCUUUUAUUUGGACUUUCCCUGAUUACAUGGCAACAGCUGUUUCUAAAGGAAGGGGGGUCGUAAACAGCCGUCGCCUUUGGUUACAAAACAGUUAAAAGAAAAGGUGCCUGGAGGGGGGUCAGGUCCUGCUUCCUCUCCGCUUUGUAGAUCUCGGGUCAAGACAAAAUCUUCCUGUGGAUUACAAUACACCAAAGAAACCGACACCUUCAUGUCGCUUCCCAUCCUACACAGUGGAGUUUUACAGGCCUUUUGAUUGGUAAGAUCAAAGACAGCUUUUGUCUGCUCGCCAGGAACUCAUUGAAACACAAAGUUUUGUGAUAAGUUAGAUACAAUUAUUCUGACAGUUAAAGCCGCACAUUUUUCUGCCAUUUUUACUUCCUGUAAAUGUAAUGGCCAAAUACCUUUCUUCAUAUGAUGCUUUCAAACGUGAAGCAAUUAUAACGUUGUGCAUACUAUCAUCAUGCUACCAUGCUUACUAAAACAGCAAGUCUUUAAAGUAUAUUAUAGCCACACAAACAUGUGUUGUUUGUGCUUUGUUUUUUUUUAUGUCAAUACAUC